AUGGUAUCUGGGAUUGUUUUGAAAGAAUCCAGCAAGCAAUGGGGUGUAGAUGGAAUGGAAUUAGCCCUGUGUUAUUUGUGUAUGCCAGGUGAUGAAUACAUGGAAGAGCCUUAUACAAAUUUCUGUAUUCUUAUAUUUACCAACAGCACGAAUCAAGAAAAGUUAGCCAAUCUUCAGAUAGUGGGAAAGGGGACAGCUCACAGAAAGAAGAAGGUGGUACAUAGAACAGUUACAGUUGAUAACAAAAGACUUCGGAUUUCUCUAAAAAUGGCUGUGAAUAAUAUAGCUGGCAUUGAACAGGUAAACAUGAUUAAAGAUGAUGGAACAAUUAUUUGUUUCAACCAUCCCAAAGUCCAAGCUUCCCUUUCUGCUAACACCUUUGCAAUUACUGGUCAUGUAGAAGCCAAACCACUUACAGAAAUGCUUCCUGGAAUAUUAAGUCAGCCUGGUGCUGACAGCCUAACAAGUCUUAGGAAGUUAGCUGAACAGUUCCCUCGACAAGUGUAGGAUAGCAAAGCACCAAAACCAGAAGGCAUCAAUGAGGAGGAUGUUCAUGUUCCAGAUCUCACAGAAAAUUUUGAUGAGGCAUCAAUGAAGCUACUUAAAAUCUUUUUUGAUUUUUAUUGGCACCUAGCACAAGGAAGAAGCCUUGCUAAACAGGAAGGUGAACACUACAUAUUCAUUGAAGUGCCAGAAAAUGAGGAAACCAAAUUGGAAAUUUACCCAGGUUCAUUGGGAAAUGACAGUGACCUUGGUACUCCCUCUUCAACUUUCACAAUCCAGCCUCCAUUUGAAAUGGAAAAUGCACAAACCAAUCUCGAAGAGAACUAUCAGAUGAGGAAUAACCCUCUAUUCAUGGGAAAUAACAACGGUGGUGAAGAUGUUUCACAUGUUGUUAUCCUUUCUGAUGUUGAAAUGGAAAAUGCACAAAUGACCCAUGAAGAGAACUCUCAACAGAGGAAUAACCCACCAUGCUUGGGAAACAACAGUGGUGGUCAAGAUGUUUCACAUGUCCUCAUCCUUUCUGAUGAUAAAAUGGAAAAUGCACAAACCAACCAUGAAGAGAAUUCUCAGAUGAGGAAUAACCCUCCAUUCUUGGGAAAUAACAAUGCUGUUCAAGAUAUUCCACAUGUCCUUAUCCUUUCUGAUGUUGGAGAUAUUCCGCUAGCCACUCUCAAGUGUAAACUGCCUAAAUGA